AUGGAUGCAGACUGGGACGAGGUAUCCCAGACACCCCUACCUCCUCCGGGACUUAGGGCGCAUCACACUCCAGUGACGACGCUCGCUUUCGAUACCAGCCAGGAGCUGCUCUGGGCCGGAAACGACUAUGGAAGGGUCACGUCCUUCUAUGGCACCAGCCUUCUCAACCAGUAUACCUCCUUCAAGGCCCACAGCUCGCAAGAUGGCAAGGUACAGCAAUUGCUCUUUAGCGACAAGGGCGUCAUUGCCCUCGGCCCGCGCGGCGUCCAUAUGGCUCUGCGAAGGGGGCCGCCCUUGUGGAACAUCCGACACGAAGGCAUGAAGGACCUGCGAUGUAUGACUUUCACCUCCAAGGGGACGGCCGAGAUUCUCGUUGCCGGCGAGCAGGACAAGAUGUUUGUCAUUGACGUGAACAAGGGCGAGGUGACUAAGGUCUUGCCCGCUGAAGCACACUAUAAGAUUAUGAGGAGGAGCCGGUACAUCUGCGCCGCCACCACUGGUCCUGCCGUCCACAUCUUGGACCCCCUGAGCUUUAGGGUGAUCAAGGCGUGGGCCCCUCACGCCGGCAUCAUCCACGAUAUGGAUGCUCAGCACGACUUCAUCGUCACAUGCGGUCUCACUCUCCGGUCCGGUUAUUCCCAAUCAGCUUACAUGUGCGACCUGUUCGUUAAUGUCUACGACCUAAAGAACAUGGUCUCGAUGAACCCAGUUCCCUUUCCCGCUGGCGGUGCCUAUGUGCGCAUGCAUCCUAGAAUGUCGACUACGAGCAUAGUGGUAUCACAACACGGCCAGAUUCAUGUUGUCGACUUGAUGAAUCCCAAUACCGGAACUAUCGUGCGCCAAACGAAUCUGCUGUCCUUUCCCACUGCGUUUGAUAUAGCACCAUCAGGAGAGGGUAUGGCCCUUGCCGACGACAAAUGCAACAUUCAUCUUUGGGGUUCCGUCAGUAAAAUGCAUUUUGCUGAAGUCCCGACCCCAAUAGAAUGGGCUGAUCCUGAGACCCCGGCGCCAGAUGUCGAUUGGGACGAUAAAACGCCUCUGAAUUCGGUCGGUAUACCCUACUACAGGGAGACCCUGCUAUCAGCUUGGCCGACAGAUGGAGUCUAUGAGGUAGGCGCGGCACCAGCAAGAGAUGAUCCUCAUUUCUUGCGCAGCCUUCAGAGCAGAGAUUGGGGUCUUUAUGGCAAGAAUACCAGAGCCCUCAAGCGCAACCAAGCCGAAGAUACACGAAGACUUCAAAAUACCAAGGAAUUCGGCCUCAUCAACAAGCCCAAGUUCCUGAGCGAACAGGCUCGCGAGCUAGGACAUUCACCGGCUGGAACACCGGCACCAGAGGACGUUCCCAAUGAUCCCUUACAGGAUGUAACUAACAAAGACAAACCACUGGAAAGCCACAAGCCCAACGUCCCAGAGCUAUACCGGAGUAUUGAUAUUCAGUACAGCAAAUUUGGUAUUGAUGAUUUUGACUUUGGGUUCUACAACAAGACACCAUACGCCGGUUUACAGAACCACGUUGUGCAUUGCUAUGCCAAUGCCCUUUUACAGGUCAUGUUCUUCACCCCUGCCCUGAGAAACCUGGCUCUACAGCACACAGCCUCCCAGUGUUACGAUGAGCACUGUCUGCUCUGUGAACUGGGAUUUCUAUUCGAUAUGCUUUCCAAAGCAGGCUCGGCUCCGUGUCAUGCUUCGAACCUGCUGAAAAUAGUCAGCUAUUACCCGCUUGCGGCCAACUUGAACGUACUCGAGGGGCGCUCAGGCGGCCAACCACGGUCUUCAAUGCUGCAAAACUUAUCCCGCUUUCUAUUACCCCAAAUUGUGAAGGACCACAUGAGAACUGAACAUUCAGACACGAUGGACAAGCUUCUCAAAACCGAAGCCACAAGUGUCAUAAAAUGUCAUCUAUGCGGAGUUGAAGCAAAGAAAAGCAAUCCAUCGUAUUAUCAUGAAUUGGACUUCAAAACAAGCAAGUCUGGAUCUAGACAUGCCAAGAGCGCUACAGUCACAUUUUCUCAGAUCCUUAAGAAGAGCAUCGAGAAAGAUGUGAGCCAAAAGGGAUUCUGCCACAAUUGUCGCGGGUACAAGUUGCUAAGCAACAGGAAAGUGACCCAUCAGCUCCCAGUCGUGCUAACACUACAUGCGGGUGAUUUCCGAGAUGUAGACCGAAGACUGUUGGCGACACCAGGAUGGCUACCAGAAGAAAUCGGAGUCAUCAUCGACGACGGCGCAUUUUUCUGCUUUGAAGGUCAUGAAUUGAAGUCGCUGAUAGACAGACAACAACGAAACCAGCUUCAACACAAAUUGGUCGUGUACUCUCUUACAGCGCUCGCUGUUGAUAUUGACACUGGUAUGAAAGAGAGUCAUCUUGUUGCAAUGGUAAACGUUGCUCAUUCGGCAGAGCAGUCUCCUGGAAAGAACCAAUGGUACCUUUUCAACGAUUUUCAUGUUGUCCCAGUUGCCCGUGAAGAAGCUCUCACCUUCAAUUCUUCAUGGAAGUUGCCAUCGGUCAUCACAUUUCAGCAAAAGGAAGCGAACAACAAGAUUGAUCAUAGUUGGAAAGAAAAGCUGGAUGCCAGCCUACUCUACUACGACCUGAAGCCCGACUUGACCGAUAAGACUUACCGUACUCUCAAUGUAGAGACAGAGAAGGUGUCGUCCGAUACCAUUAUUGCGAUUGACACUGAAUUCGUAUCGACUUCGAACCGCGAGAUCGAGAUAACUUCCGAUGGCGAUGAAAGAACAAUUCGACCAACAGUGCACGCAUUAGCACGAACAUCUGUCUUGCGCGGCAGCGGCAUAGACGAGGGCGUGCCCUUCAUGGACGAUUACGUCCACAUCAAAGAUGAGGUUGUCGACUACUUAACCCAAUACUCCGGCAUUGUACCAGAGGACCUAGAUCCUAAGCGGACAAGCCAUACGCUGGUGCCCUUGAAGAUUGUCUACAAGAAGAUGUGGAUCCUGUUGAAUCUUGGCUGCAAAUUCCUUGGUCAUGGCCUCAAGCAGGAUUUCCGUGUCAUUAACAUACAUGUCCCGCGGGACCAAAUUAUUGACACUAGCGACCUCUUCUUUGACUCGUCGAAGAAACGGAAACUCAGCCUGCAGUUCCUCGCUUGGUAUCUUCUCAAGGAGGAAAUUCAACUGGAAACACACGAUUCGAUCGAAGAUGCCAGGACUGCUCUUCGUCUUUACAGGAAAUAUCAAGAAUUCACCGAUGCAGGCAUAUUCAGGUCGGUUUUGAUGGAGAUAUACCAGAAGGGUUUCAGUAUGAACUUCAAACCGCCUUCCAAGCAAGGCAAUCUCGACGCCAACGUCCCGAGAACCGAUACACCGCCUAUUGAUGGAUCGACCGGAGGACCAAGCACGCCAGGCAGGAAGACCGGAGGAGGUAUUGGAAUGUUCGGUGCAAGCCCUAAUUGGAGGGACAGCCCGGUCUCCUCGAAAUUGAGAUAG